AUGGGGUCCAACUCAACCACUCAAGCCCAGGCAUUCCCUGCUCAGACGACAUCGGUUCCUACGACUUUGAUAUUUGAUGGCCAGCAAAUAACCCUGGAGAAUGAACCGUCAAUACCUCUCUACCGGCUUAGCCGCACCAUAGCCUGCAAAGUUCAGAAGCAUUGCAGCAUAAUAUUCGAACAGAUCGAGGUUGUCGAGACAUCCCGUCCAGAUGGGAAAGGUUCGGGAAUACGGCAGCGCCCUCAUGAUCUGUAUUACCUUGUGAACUCGCUUCUCAUGCUGCAACGCCAACACGAUACGCCAGCUUGUUACCUCACCGCUCCAUCGCCUAAGGCCUUGGGUAAUAUCCAGGUCGACGUCUAUAAUACUCCUUCACAAUGUCUGGGAUUCAAGGCGAUGCUUAACGCCGACAGAUCAGCAGAUGAUGUCCAACUGUUCAAAACCGAUACUCAACAAAUAUUGUUUGAGAUGAGGCCAAAACUAAAAGGCGGUCCUUAUCAGUGGAUAGAUGCAGAUGGGCAGAUAGCUGCAUAUGAAUCAGGUCGGGAGGGGGAUCACAAGCUCGUAAUUCAAGUACCAUUGCAGCAAGACGUCAUGGAUGCCCUAGCAGCACUAUGGACGUUGAGACUCUGGUAUGAGCAUAUCCACAAUCAAUCAGAAUGA